UGGAGGACCGCCCACCUGUGCCUCUCCUUUCCUGUUGUCAGCCUCUGCUUUUUCAGGAAACAGGAGAGUUUAGAGCCGUUGCAGACGGCUAAAAGCGGUUAUAGCCCACUUCCAGGCGCUCGGAGGGCUUGUGGCUUCUGAGCAUGUCUGCUGAGGAACGGAGGGACGCGGCCGACCACUCCGCGCUGCUCAAGUUCCUAUCGGCCGUCUUCUACGCCGCCAGCUCGUUCCUCAUCACGGUGGUGAACAAGACUGUGCUGACGAGCUUCAGGUUUCCCUCUUACCUGUGUCUGGGAAUCGGACAGAUGAUCACCACAGUGGUUGUCCUCUAUGUGGCCAAAAUGAACAAAAUGGUGCAAUUUCCAGACUUUGAUAGAAGCAUUUUCUUCAAAAUUUUCCCUCUCCCCCUGCUGUAUGUUGGAAACCAUGUAACAGGACUAGGAAGCACCAAAAAACUCAGUUUGCCCAUGUUUACGGUGCUAAGGAAGUUCACUAUUCUGAUGACAAUGCUAUUGGAAGCAUACAUGCUAAGAAAAACAUUUCCAAGGCGCAUCGUUUGCUGUGUUGUGGCAAUAAUGUUUGGUGCCCUGGUUGCUGCAAGCUCGGACCUGGCCUUUGAUGUGGGGGGAUACACAUUCAUCCUUCUUAACGAUGCUUUCACCGCAGCAUACGGAGUGUUCACCAAGAAGAAACUUGGCGAUCAGGCACUGGGGAAGUAUGGUGUCUUAUUUUACAAUGCACUUCUCCUCGUCAUCCCUACUCUCUUGGCAAGUGCGGUGACUGGUGAUUUACACAAGGCAGUUGCAUUUGAGGACUGGGGAAAAACCGCAUUUGUCUUGUGUUUUCUCAUUUCCUGCAUCAUGGGGUUUGUGUUGAUGUACUCCAUAGUUCUGUGCAGCUAUUAUAACUCGGCGCUUACUACCACUGUGGUCGGGGCAAUAAAGAAUGUUGCUGUUGCAUAUAUUGGCAUCUUUGUUGGGGGAGACUAUCUGUUCUCUUGGACAAAUUUCCUCGGACUCACUAUCUGUAUGUCAGGAGGACUGGUGUAUUCUUAUCUGACAUUUAGCACCAGUAAAUCCUCUGGAAGUGACUCUGGAGACGCACAAGAGCAGAAGAUCCACAUAACCGAGGAUUCACCCAGGAAGCACUGAGCCAGCAAUGCCUGCAUUUACCACUAGGUGGUGCUGUUUUUCUCCAUAUUGGGGAAUCCUAUAUAUCCAAAAUUUUAAACUUGGUUUUUACUUGUAGAAUUUUCAAAUUCACAGAUCUGUUGACAGAAAAAGACGACGAUGGGUCAGAUUCUGUGAAUAUUUAUUACAAUGACAGAGCAGUGUGGACAGCCUGACUGAAUCAUAACUGUAACAUGUGGAAUAAAAUGACUAUAAAGGUAA